ACCCCCCAAAAAAAGAUAGAAACAACAUAAUCAAAGAUCAACUCUGCAAAUAAACCAGGAAGCGUUUCAUGGCUCAAUCUGGAUCUUCACCAUCUUCCAUACUGCUGCUGGUGGGGUUAUUGCAGAUCAAUCAACAGCACUGACACUGUACUCAGCUCUUAACAAAAUGAGAUACAACGUUGGGUAGACAAAGGAGAGCCUCGACACAUUGAUAUGGUCCGGAAAAAGAAUCCCCCUCUGAGAAACGUUGCAAGUGACGGUGAGGCACGGAUACCAGAUUCUGCUGCACCAGAGCUUAACGAUAUAGUGAGAAAUAAGGAAUUAUCCACAGAUCCGAUGCAAGAAAAUAACGAACAGAGUGAUUCCUUGGAACAUAGCAGUGCUGAUCAUUGCUUUCAAGAACAAGAGGCUUCUUCCAGCUUUAAAAAGGACUCAGAAAGCUCGGGAUUAGGCGAAAUAGCUGUAUAUAAUUACAGUCAACUUAAAGGAAGAAAUGUUUGUUUUCCUCACGAUGAGGUGACAGACAGAAAUAUGUUGGCGUUGUCCUCUGUAGAUUCUAGGGUCAUUUGUGAGCCCCUAAAAUCACCUAUAAAAUCGGAAGCCGAUGAUGCACAAGAACUGGUCUCUACAGCAUCUGGGGACACUUUAGAGGCAAGAGAUGAAAAUGAUAUGUCACCAAGGGCUACAGACUAUACAAUGCAAAAUGUCACAGUAGACUGUCAAAACUCAAGUCCAACUGCGAUGGCCUCAGAAAACCUACACGUGCCUUCAGAUGGGAGUGCAGGGCUGAACAAAUCCCAAACGUUUGUAAUUGUUAAUGACAAUUCGGAUUCAGCACCUUUAUCCCCAGAGCUUCAGGAUUUCAAAUGCAACAUUUGCGGAUAUGGUUACUAUGGGAAUGAUCCCACAGACCUGAUCAAACACUUCCGUAAAUACCAUCUAGGCCUGCACAACCGUACCAGGCAAGAUGUUGAACUUGACACCAAAAUUUUGGCACUUCACAAUAUGGUACAGUUCAGUCAAUCCAAAGAUUUCCAGAAAGUCAAUCGUUCUGUGCUUUCAGGUGUAUUACAGGACAUCAAUUCUCAGAGGCCCAUCCUGCCAAAUGGAACGUAUGACGUGCAGGUGACAUUUGGUGGAACCUUCAUUGGUAUUGGCCGUAAAACUCCAGAUUGCCAGGGCAACACGAAGUACUUCCGCUGCAAGUUCUGCAACUUCACGUACAUGGGCAACUCAUCAACGGAGCUCGAGCAACACUUUCUAAAGGCGCACCCUAACAAAAUGAAAGUCCCCUCCGAUUCUGGUAAACCUUCAGAGAAAACCGUCAAUAAAUCAAGCCCUAUUCCUCGAUCUUGUGAGUCUGGAGAUUUGGGAAAGUGGCAAGACAAAAUCACUGUUAAAGCAGCAGAUGAUAUGCCAGUUGGAUAUUCAGUGCCAAUUAAACCAGUAGAUGCUUCCAGGCAAAAUGGUACAGAUGACACCAACUACUACUGGUGCAAGUUUUGUAGUUUCAGUUGCGAAGCUUCGAGCAGUUUCAAACUGUUAGAGCAUCACAGCAAACAGCAUGGGGGAGGGAAGUCAGAAAGCCCUAAUUCAGAUCUGAAUGACAAGAUCUUCAGGGGAUCGGUCAUUAAUCAAAAUGAAAUAACCAAAAAUUCUGAUGAACAGCUCACAGGAAAAAUAGAGAAAGGAAUGGCUAAAAAGAAAGACCUCUCCGAUAAACCAACUGAGGAUGUUAUAGUAACAAACUACAAUUGUCAGUUUUGUGACUUUAGGUAUUCUAAGAGCCACAGUCCCGAAGUAAUAUUGGUGGGGCCUCUUCUACGUCAUUACCAACAACAUCACAAUAUUCACAAGUGUACUAUUAAGCAUUGCCCAUUUUGCCCCAGAGGUCUCUGCACCCCCGAAAAGCACCUUGGAGAAAUUACUUAUCCAUUUGCUUGCAAAAAAAGUAAUUGUUCUCACUGUGCUCUCUUGCUGUUACACUUGUCUGCUGGGGUGACAGGGAGCACAAGAGUUAAACACCAGUGUGAUGAAUGCUCCUUCUCCUCUCCCGAUGUAGAUGUGCUCCUGCUUCAUUAUGAGAAUACACAUGAAACCCAGGCAUCUGAAGUCAAGCAGGAAGUCAAUCACCAGCAGACGACAGAGGGACAGCAGACCAUUAACGAAAGCAAAGAACACUCAUGCACCAAAUGUGACUUUAUUACUCUGGUGGAAGAAGAUCUUUCUCGACACUACAGGAGGGUGCAUAACUGCUAUAAAUGCCGGCAGUGCAGUUUUACAGCAGUAGAUACACCGUCAUUAUUGGAUCACUUCAACUCUGCUCAUUGUCAGGAGUCAGAAAUCACUACAUCUAAUGGUGGGGAGAGCCAUGGAACAUCUUCCAUCAAGGAAGAACCAAAAACUGAGCUGAAAGUAUAUAAUCUUGUUGCUCAUGAUUCCAAACCAGGAGAAGCCAUAUAUGACAGCACUGUGAAGAGAGAGAAAUUUGAUGACAAAGAAGUGCUCAGGGAGAAAGCUUGGUCUGAUAGUUCUAUGGAUGAACUUCGAGGUGUUGGCUGGAGAGGACCAGACAUUUUGAGAACAAGCCCAUCCUAUACACAAAUAGGUUUAGGGCUUCUGACCACUGUGUCUGUCAACCAAGAACAACAAAAGUCUUCGAGAGACAGUCCGAAUGUUGAAGCAGCACAUCUUGCAAGACCUCUUUAUGGCCUGUCUGUCGAAGCCAAGGGAUUCCACGGGGUGGCAGCUGGUGCUAGUGGAGAAAAGACUGUGCCACACACACCAACCCAGUACCCGGCAACGGGAGAUAGCAAGUCGAAGGAUGAAUCUCAAUCUCUUCUACGGAGACGUAGAGGUUCCGGUGUUUUUUGUGCCAAUUGUCUGACCACAAAAACAUCACUUUGGCGAAAGAAUGCAAAUGGUGGCUAUGUAUGCAACGCGUGUGGCCUAUACCAGAAACUUCACUCGACUCCCAGACCUUUAAACAUAAUUAAACAGAACAAUGGUGAACAGAUUAUAAGGAGACGAACAAGGAAGCGCCUUAACCCAGAAGCUCUACAGUCUGAACAGUUAAAUAAACAUCAAAGAGGGAGUAGCGAAGAACAAGCAAAUGGAAGUCCUUUGGAGAGAAGGUCGGAAGACCAUUCAGCAGAAGGUCACCCGAGAGAAAUUCAGCAACUUAGUAUGAAUAAGUAUGAGCCCCCAGCUUCAUUGACUAAAAGCCAUUCUGCUCAGCAGACAAUAAUAGUCAGCCAAACUAUGGAUAUCCACAAACGGAUGCAACCUUUGCACAUUCAGAUUAAAAGCCCUCAGGAAAGCAGUGGAGAUCCAGGAAAUAGUUCAUCUGUAUCUGAUAGCAAAGGAAGUUCAGAAAGAGGUAGCCCAAUAGAGAAAUACAUGAGACCCAUUAAGCAUCCUAAUUAUUCUCCUCCGGGAAGUCCAAUAGAAAAAUAUCAGUACCCGGUAUUUGGACUUCCCAUUGUUCACAAUGACUUCCAGAGUGAAGCUGACUGGCUAAGGUUCUGGAGUAAAUAUAAGCUGCCAGUACCUGGGAAUCCACACUACUUGAGUCAUGUGCCUGGCCUAACAAACCCUUGCCCAAACUAUGUGCCUUACCCCACCUUUAGUCUGCCUGCUCAAUAUUCCACUGUUGGAUCAGAUAAUGACAUUCCUCUAGAUUUGGCAAUGAAGCAUUCCAGGCCUGGAUCAGCAACAAAUGGAGCCGCUAAAGAAAAAACUAAGUCACCAUUGAGUACGAAGGAUGAUGGUGUGUUGAUUGUAGCAAAAACAGAAAAAGUGGAUAGGAGUACUCAAGAUGAACUUUCAACAAAAUGUGUGCACUGUGGCAUUGUCUUUCUGGAUGAAGUUAUGUAUGCGCUACAUAUGAGUUGCCAUGGUGAGAGUGGACCUUUUCAAUGCAGUAUAUGCCAACAUCUUUGCACGGACAAGUAUGACUUUACAACUCAUAUUCAGCGAGGCCUACAUAAGAACAUUGCACAAGCUGAAAAGAAUGGAAAAACUAAAGAGUAAAACUUUAGCACUUAGCACAAUUUAAAUAGAAAUAGGUUGUCUGAAUAGAAAUUCAGUAGCUUGUAAUUUCCUAUUAGGGCUCCGUAAUGCACUUCUUGAAGCAUAUCAUUCAUGAAUAAUCUUUUUAUCCAUUUUUUUAUUGACACGUUACAAUAGGUAAUUGAUAUUAAUCCUUUGAG